AUGAUAUAAUAGAUUAAAAAUUAUAACAAAUUAGAAGAAUUUUUAAACUCUUCACUUUUAUCUCAUUAGGUUAUUAAUAUUGAUCUGACGUAUAUUUUAUUAAUUAAUAUUAUUUUUAUUAAAACAAAAAUUAUUUAGCUAUCUUAAAGUAAUUUUCAUUUCAAUUUUUAAUUACUUAUAAUUCAUUUUUUAUUAUUUGAUAUUUUUUCUUUAUUUUUUGCUAUUAAAACUUACACUUAACAAAAGCAGUUUAUUUGUUUUAGGAUUGUAAUAUUUUUAAUAAUGAAAGUUAAUUUAAAACAUUAAAGCACUUUUACUUUAUUUAAUUUAUUUUCCUUUUUCUUUUUUGUUUGA